AUGGAAUCAAGUGAAGAUGAUAUUGAUGAGAUUCAAAAGGAAAUAGCCAUUCUUGCUGCAUGUAACGACUCUAGGAUAACAAAAUACCAUGGCUGUUUCGUCAAUGGAUAUAAGCUAUGGAUAAUUAUGGAGUACUUGGGGGGAGGAUCGGGACUGGACUUGUUAAAAGUGGUCGGUCCAUUUGAUGAAGCAUCCAUCGCGAUUGUUUGUCGCGAACUAUUACUAGCAUUACAAUAUUUGCAUGAAAACGGCAAGAUUCACCGAGACGUAAAAGCAGCCAAUGUGUUAGUCUCUGAGAAAGGCGAAGUUAAAAUUGCUGAUUUCGGAGUAGCAACACAACUGUCAAAUAACUUAUCAAGGCGAAACACUUUCGUGGGAACUCCAUUUUGGAUGGCACCGGAGGUCAUCAAACAAGAAGAUUAUAAUUUCAAAGCAGAUAUUUGGUCCCUCGGAAUCACCGCUAUUGAGUUUGCCAAUGGAGAACCCCCUUUAUCUGAUGUUCAUCCCAUGAAAGUAUUAUUUCUCAUUCCUAAGAACCCACCCCCGACACUGAAAGGUGCGAAUUUUUCAGCUGAUUUUCAAAAUUUCCUAUCGCUAUGCCUGCAGAAGAAUCCAAAUCAACGAGCCUCGGUGAGAAAUUUACUUAAGCAUCGCUUUAUACGGAAUGCAGGCAAUCCGUCGCAUAUUGUAACCAACCUGGUCAAUAAGAGGAGAAGCAAGUUAGGUGAUGGGGCUGUCAAAUCUAAGCACAGGAAACCGAAGCACUAUCAGGCAACUGUGGAUACUGUCACAGGUACAGCCACGAAUUCUGGUUCAAGCACAAGUUCGGGAGCAAGUACUAUAAGCAGUCGUAGUGUCAGUGGAAGUACCAAUGAUGAUGACUGGGAUUUUGAUACCAUUAAACCGGGUCAGCCACUUUCAAGUCAAACCGAAGAGUCAUCCUUGAAACAGCCAACACAGGCGGAAGUAAAGUCGCAACCUCGGUCUGAGCCCUUGAUGAAACGACCACUCCCCACACCACCAGCUCUGCCUCCAAGACCAUCACAAGAGGAGAUUGAUCCAGAACAAACUCUCCGCAUGCUUAACAUAUCUGAGCCCCCAACACCGUCGUCGACUAGUAUCCGGUCUGCUGAUUCUACGGUAGCUGCUGCCCCUUUAAACUCGACUAGUAGUGGCCAUACAAACUAUAGAUCUAUUAUCACCAAAACUUUGGACCACACUCUACCAAAGCUUGACCCUAACUCACAGGACUUCGCAAUCUUAAGAACGCUUAACAACAUUAUAAGCAAUGGCCAGUUAUCGUCAUCUACAGAGGCGUAUCUGAUUAAGAGAUUAGUUCGCCAGGCGGAGAAAGAGAAUAAAAAGCGAAAUACCAAAGAAUUACCGGUAUUGGCUGUAUCAUCUGUUGCCUCGAAUUCUGGCUCGGCUUCUUACGAAACCCCACCACCUCGUCGCAAACUUGAUCACGUUGAGCAACUCCUAUUAGGGCGGUGGCUAGAAACUGUUUACGAACGUCAGCAAUAA